AUGCAGUUUAGGCCCUCGGGAGAUGCAAAGAUGAAACUAUUCAAUGAAACCACGAAGAUGCUCCUGAUCAUUGCAGCGCUUGGCAAUGGCAGCAGGGCUCAAGACAAUGUGACUUCAUCGAAUGCUUCAGCAGUGUCUGAAGCUGGAAAAGGUGGUGUCGAGGCUGAUAGGGCGAAUCGGGUGAAUUCGCCACGCUUGGGCGUCUUUGGGGGUGAGGUGGAUGACGUGGCCCCGGGACAUCCUCCUGCUGGCUCCCCAUCAAUCGGCAAUCGGUGCGUGAUCUUGGGAAGAAUAUUCAAUGUUCUCGUUGAGAUCAUCUUCAAAGAUCAGGCAUACUACGUUGGACCUUUUUAUGAUGCCGCUUGCGAGGAUCUCGCAGGUGUGAAAUACGCCGAGAUCGUGUAUACCUCAGGUAACACCAACUAUCUCAGCACUGAACAAAUGUCUUUUGCCUGCAGAGGCAUCACCACGCUCUACGACUCCUACUUCUUCGCAGUGCAGUUCGCUGUUGUCAUGCUUGUCGCAGGCAUCUUUGCUGCCGAGCUCUGGCUCUGGGCUACUGGCUUGCAGCACAGCCAGCAAACAGUUAGCUUGGCCCAGACCAGUAUCCAAAUUCCAUCAGUCGGUGGCAUGGAAGACAAGCGGCCUUUGAUGGUCAUCUGCAACUUGAAUGAAGAGUUGCCCAUCACGUUAGUCCAAAAGGAAGCAAUAGCUACCGAUGCUGUGAAGAUGCGCUUUAGUCUCCCUGACGUCAAUUCUGGUUUGCUCAUUCCGCUACUUGGGCACGUAAGCCUUCGAAAGGCAGACAUGAUCAGGCCACGACCCUACUCUCCAGUCAUCUCACUUGAAGCUGGAUUCGUCACGUUCAUUGUUCGACAUUCUCCUCGAGGACUUCUGUCUACAUACAUGGUCCAACAGAUGAAAGAGGGCCAGUCUCUGUUGCUCAGUGGUCCAAUGGCUCCAGUCAUUGCGCCCUCACUACAGCACGCCAAGAACCUUCUCUUGAUUGCUGGGGGAACUGGUAUUGCACCAUUUUACUCUCUCGUUGAAACCACGGAGGCCAAAUGCCACGUCUUAAUGGCUGAAAAAGACCAAAGUCGCACCAUUGGUAUCCAGCCUAUGAAUGAAAACGUUACUUCCGAGGUCUGCAUUGGUCGCAAGAGUCUUCAUCAGCGACUGGACACUCUCCUUGGCAUGGAAAGCGAAGUGCCAACCGUUUGCGUCAUUUGUGGCCCACCCGCCUUCAACAUUGCCGUCAAGAACAAAAUCCGCAGGAAAGGCAUUCCAAGUUUUGCCAUUGGAACGGAUGAUCGAUGA